GGUGAUCUUAUUAAGGUGGAGGUAUGAGGUUUCCUGUGACAUGUCUCUCUUGUUCCUUCAGCAUGACUUGUAUCCAUUCUACUUCUCUCAUCGAUUGACAGAUCUUCUGAACAGGACUGAAGAAUGUUUCCUCUUCUCCUACUUGUAUAAGGAAGACGUGACGGUGGCGGAACACUUUCUGCUAGCUUGAAAAUGAGAUUUAGAAGGCAGAUUCUGGUUUCGGGGGUAUCCCUGGCAUUUGGUGCUGUGCUGGGUGCAGGGGUAACUAAUUGGAGACUACAUGACAAGUCUGGAUCUGAUUCCUCCUAUCCAAUUGUACAGGCGGCAUCAGAGGUGUCCCUCCCCCCUGUUUCUGGCAUCACUAAAUUCGGAUUGCCAGGCUUCAGCCAGCUUAAGACUCGCCAGUCACACAUGCUCAGCUAUGACCCCAGGCUGCGUGGCCCAGCGUGGGUUCUAGAACAACUGAACGGUGAGCGCAUACAGGGCAUGGCGGAUCGGAGUCGCUGUAACUUCAGAGAAGAUGAGUCCGUACACCCUUAUCACCGGGCCACAAACUCUGAUUUCAAGAGGAGUGGAUUUGACCGGGGACACUUGGCAGCAGCAGCCAAUCAUAAGUGGAGCCAGCAGGCCAUGGAUGAAACUUUCAUACUAAGUAAUGUGUACCCGCAGAAUCCAAAUCUCAAUCAGAAUUCCUGGAACAACUUGGAGCAAUACUGCCGAUCACUAACCAAGAGUAACAGAAACGUGUAUGUGUGCAGCGGUCCCCUAUUUUUACCCAAGAUGGAAGCAGAUGGUAAAAUGUAUGUCAAAUACCAAGUGAUUGGCCCCAACAACGUGGCUGUCCCAACACACUUCUUCAAGGUAGCCGUUUUGGAGAAAUUCAACGGGGAGAUUGAACUUAGACCCUACGUCAUGCCAAACUGUCCUGUAGAUGAAAAGAUCCCCCUGGAGCGCUUCUUGGUGCCCAUAGAAAGUAUUGAGCGAGCUGCUGGACUGCUUUUUGUUCCAAACAUUCUCAAGACAACAAAUAACUUAAAAGCCAUCACCGCUGGUGGCAGAUGACACCAUCCUGACCUUUUUAUGUCAGCUUUCAUUGGACUUGUGCUUGCAAUUAUGGAAAAACGACAAGUUUACUUUAAAGGAACAUUAGAGAUUUUUUUUUUUAAAUAACAAACAUGUUCUACUUUCCUCCACUGUGCAGCCCCCAUC